AUGGAGCUUAUAAGCUGCUUUAAGCUUCUGGAAGGAGAGCUUGGAGAAAAGCCAUACUUUGGAGGAAAGAGCUUUGGGCUUGUGGAUUUAGCCCUCAUCCCAUCUUACUUCUGGUCCCUUUGGUCUCAGGAGUGUGGGAUAAACAUUGCAGGGGAGUUUUCAAAGAUUUUUGCUUGGGCCGAGAGGUGCAGGGAUAGAGAGAGCGUGGCCAAAUCUGUCCCUCACCGGCACAGGGUCUACGCUUUCCUUGUGGAGCUCAGGAAGAAGCUUUCUGCUGUUCACUGA